GUCCCAGAUAGGCAUGGUGGCCACUCUGGUGAUUUCACCCUCGACCUCCUGAACGGCUCCGCCGGAUGGUGCCGCUUCUGGUCGUUUCUGGAAAUCUGUUCAGAAGUCAGCGGUAGCUUCCGCAUUCUCGUAGGAAGAGAUUGUCGACGGUCCAGGAGUUCGUAUAGUAUACGGCUCUUCCGCCGCGACUCGGCUCUUCUUUGGCGCAAAGUUAUCGCGGAGCUUGCGCAGCUCUGUGGCCGAACCGAUAGUGGGGAUGAGAUUCAUACCCUUCGCGGCAGAGAGAUGAGAGUCAUCGGGGAUGUGCGUGUGCAGCGGUCUCGCGGAGGACAACGCACGGUUCAUCCUCCUGGCCGGCGUCCUCGCGGCUUACAUGCUCGCGGGCGCUGCGCUCUUCCAGAGACUAGAAGCUGAUCUCGAGAUCCGUCAGGCUGCUGAAUUUUGGAGGGUCUAUCAUGCGUUUCGCAGACAUCACUUGCGAAACAGUCCUCAGGCACUUCAACGCUUGCACGAACUUCUCUACGCUUACGGAAACGCUUCCGCAGCUGGUAUCAUCAACAAGAGGCGUCGCUGGGACUUUCCUGGAAGUUUCCACUUCGUGGGAACCAUCGUAUCGACGAUCGGAUACGGCAGCACGGCGCCCCAGACGUCCGCUGGCAGAGCUGCCGUCGUUCUUUACGGAUUCCUCGGCUGCUCGGGUGGAAUACUCUUCUUCAAUCUUUUCCUCGAAAGAAUCAUCACGUUUUUGGCCUGGCUCUUACGUGGCUUUCAUCUUCGUCGCCUGAAGAGAAGACUUCGCAAGACCACUCUGGCAUCGCGUCGUAUGCCCAGGGUAGCUCAGAACGCCCGAUCCUCGCUUCCCGACAUUCUUGACGACGAGGACGACGACGACGACGUCGGUCUGGAGCACUGGAAGCCAAGCGUCUACUGGGUGAUGCUAUAUCUUUCGUUGGCUUCCUGUGCCGUCGCUUGCUGCGCCGCUGCCCUCUACGCUCCCUUGGAAGGUUGGGGUUACUUCGAAGCCCUCUACUUUUGCUUCGUGAGUUUCGCCACCAUUGGCUUCGGAGAUUUCGUCAGCACGCAAAAGCCCAACUACCCUUACGUACAUUGGUACAGGUUGGCGAAUUUCCUGUUUCUUGUGAUGGGAUGCUGCUGCAUAUAUUCGCUAUUGAACGUGACGUCGAUCGUAAUUAAACAGGCGCUGAAUUACGUGAUACGGAAGCUUCGGUGCAAGGGACGCGGCAUGGCUGGGCCACAUCUGCCUGGAAGGAAGUCUUCCGUGUCGGCCAUUUGUUAUUCCAGAAGAAGGAACACGAGAAUCGGUGUGCGUGAAUCUGUCAAGGCGGAGGAGAACGAAGCAGAUGUGCCACGUAGAAUGUCCGGGGAACUUAUUUCCAUGAAAGAUUUCUUGUCUGCCAAUAAAGUCUCUUUGGCUGUGAUGCAAAAGCAGCUUUACGAAACUGCACAAAUGCAGCGUGGUGGCGAUUCCGGCUCCACGACGCCAAGUCACCAGGCAGUUUUUAAGCCUGGAGCUGUCGGACCUUUGGCUAUAGCUAGUGAAAAGUUUGAAAAUAAAAACACUGUCUAGUCCAGUCAUUCGGUGCUCAAAAAGGGGGUUACCUGGAAAGUAUUCCGGGAGUUUCGAAAAUUGGUAUUUUUAUAGAUUUCAACACGCUCCUUUCGAAUUUUCACUUUGCCACCUCGUAUCUUUGCCGCUUGAUAUCUCCUUUCCGACUCAUUUUAAGAUGAAAAUAGUUAGGUGAUAAAUUAAACUAGAGAAAAUUUCUUAUAAUUUAUGUACCAACCUGUUUUUUGUAAAAUGCAUACUUUCAGCGUAUGAGUGCUGCAAACCAACACACAUCUAUUCCAACACGCGUGUUUCGUAUAUUAACGAAAAAUAUAUAUUGUGACGUAAUUUUUCGAAUCAUGGUCACAAGGCGACUUCGACUACCGAUACAGAUAAUGGUUUCGAUUUCUGGUUCCCUUCGAGUCGCCACCCUGACCAGAAGCUACGCUCUCAAAUUGAUCCGUUUAGUUACGCCAGUACUCUCGGAAGAUUUCGUUAGGAUUUAGCAGAAACCAGGGUGAGAUAUUGGCGCCCCGCUGAUGGGCAAAGGGCUGUAGAGCGAGCGAGAUCAAGUUUUGAUACGG